AUGAGCUCCCCAGAGGGGCCAAGCUUCCCAUCGUCAGGACUGCUCUCGGGGGGCGCCUCCCCCAGCGGGGACGAGGGCUUCUUCCCCUUCGUGUUGGAGAGGCGCCACUCGUUCCUGGGAGGGGGCCCAGGGCCCGAGGAGCCGGAGGACCUGGGCCUGCAGCUGCAGCGGAAGGAGAAGGACCUGCUGCUGGCCGCCGAGCUGGGCAAGAUGCUGCUGGAGAGGAAUGAGGAGCUGCGGAGGCAGCUAGAGACUCUGGGCGCCCAGCACCUGGAGCGUGAGGAACGGCUGCAGCAGGAGAACCAUGAGCUCCGGAGGGGCCUGGCCGCCCGGGGAGCUGAGUGGGAGGCCAGGGCUGUGGAGCUGGAGGGGGAUGUGGAGGCCCUGAGGGCCCAGCUCGGGGAGCAGCAAUCAGAGCAGCGGGACAGCGGCCGAGAACGAGCCCGGGCCCUGGAUGAACUCGCUGAGCAGAACCUGCGGCUCAGUCAGCAGCUGGCCCAGGCCUCCCAGACGGAGCAGGAGCUUCAGAGAGAACUGGACACCCUGCGGGGGCAGUGUCAGGCACAGGCCCUGGCCGGAGCCGAGAUGAGGACACGGCUGGAGAGUUUAAAAGGAGAGAACAAGAUGCUGCAGAGUCGACGGCAGGACCUGGAGACCCAGAUCCGGGGUCUGCGUGAGGAGGCAGAGAAGGGUCAGGGUCGGCUGCAGGCCACCCACGAGGAGCUGCUGGUACUGCGGCGCGAGCGGCGUGAGCACAGCCUGGAGCUGGAGCGCGCGCGCUCCGAGGCUGGGGAGGCGCUGAGCGCGCUGCGGAGGCUGCAGAGACGGGUCUCGGAGCUGGAGGAGGAGUCCCGCUUCCAGGAUGCCGAUGUGUCAGGCGCCUCCCUGCAGUCUGAGCUCGCCCGAAGCGUCGACGGCGACCAGGACCCGGAUGUGGAUGGGCACGGAGACUCUCUGACUCAGGCCCCGGAGCCACUGGCAGCUUCCAGUCCACAGCCUGCUCCCCAGGAGGACAGCUUGGAGCCCCCCAAGAAGCGAGCAACCCUGAGCUCAGCGGAGAUGCUGGAGGAAAGGGAGGCAGAAGUGGCCAGGCUGCAGGAUGAGGUCUCAUUGCAGCGGGUGGAGCUACAAUCCCUGCACGAGGAGCUAGAGAGGCAGAGGGAGCUGCGCACCCAGGAGGACCCAGAGGGGGCCCUGAGCAGCGCCCUGUCAGAUCGAGAGGAGGCCGUGAACAAGGCCCUGGAACUAUCCCUGGAGCUCAGCCGCGUCUCUCUGGAGAGGGACUCCCUGUCUCGGGAGCUACUGCGCGCCAUCCGCCAGAAGGUGGCGCUGACACAAGAACUGGAGGCCUGGCAGGAUGACAUGCAGGUGGUGAUUGGACAGCAGCUGCGUUCGCAGCGGCAGAAGGAGCUCAGUGCAACCAGGUCCACCCCGCGCCGCGCCUCACCCCGUUUUUCGCUACGCCUGGGCCCGGGGCCCGCCGGCAGCUUCCUCAGCAACCUCUUCCGAAGGACCUAAAGGCGGCCAGGGGUGCUGCCCUUGCCCCCGCUGGGGCUGUUUCCUCUUGGAGCCAAUGGC